AUGACCGCCGCUUUCCCAAUCCAGCCUGUAGCACGCUUUGCGGGCAAGAGUGAGCUGGUCAAACGGCCAAAGGAAUUUGCAUGCUUCUCAUACGAUGCCGAUCACAAGUUCCAUCUUGGAGCUCAGUCAUUGAAGUGGUACUACACACCAGACCUCAACGUCGACCUGUCCAAGGGCUUUGAGAGCUUCAUCAAACAUGACGACAGUGUAGACGAACAUUUGGACAGCCUCCUUACCACCAUUGCCGACUAUGAGCAAAAGACGUCGAAACCGAUCGAUGCUCACAUUAUUAUGGCAGCCCCCUUUGAUGAUGAUGGGUUUGAGAUGAAUGCUACCCUUUACAGAGGUUGCAUCUUUAUCGAAGAAAACCAUGCAUACAAACAAGCGUCGAGAGCAAACGAGCGGCCAUGGAACGGGCCGAUUCCGCAAGAAGUGAUGCAGUACUGGGGCUACAAGUUUGAGACCCUAAGCACACUUCCGAGACCAUGGGGCCAGACUUCUCGCGAUUUCAUUGAAAGUCGUCCCGAUCAUGUCGUGAACAACAAGGAGCAAUACUGCUCAGUAGUCCGUACAGGCAUUGGCAAGACCAUUCUCUGUAUCGGUGGUGAGGUUGAUGCUAUAUGGGACGAUAAACCAAGGACUCAAGGCGAUCCAAUCAACUGGGUGGAGCUCAAGACGUCGGCAGUAAUCCAGAAUGAGCGCCAGGCCAACAACUUUGAGCGUAAGCUCAUGAAGUUUUGGAUCCAGUCCUUUCUCCUAGGCGUCCCCAAGAUCAUUGUCGGAUUCCGGACGCAGGAUGGGCUGCUGGUUGAGACCAAAGAGUUCCGCACCAUGGAGAUACCGCUCAUGGUGAAGAAGAAUGGGCGGCCAAAAUGGGAUGGGGAUACAUGCGUCAACUUUGCUAACGGCUUCCUCGAGUGGCUUCGCCAUACCAUCACCGACGAGGGUGUGUGGAGGAUCAAGAGAAGGCCUCGGUCGGCAGAAAUUGAAGUGUUCAAAGUCGAGGAGGUGGGUCACGGAGACAUCAUCACAGAUGAGUUCAUGAACUGGCGCAUCAAGCUCGAGCUUCGUCAGGCACAGCCGCCUACUGAAGACAACGAGGCCGAAGAAAAGAAGUACAUUGACGUUGGGCAACCCACGGUACCUUCUCAGCCACCCCCCUCGUUCUUGCCUGCCAGUUCCGACGCCUUCCAUGAUCCAACCCUAUCUGCACCUUCCGUGUGUGUACCUUUCAGUUGUGUCAACGACCCAAACCAUCAAAAAUCUCAUUGCGUCCGGUCACUCGCAACUUCAUUUCCACUAUUCACUCUCUGCUUCAUUGAUCUCUUACUCUGUCCAGCAAUCAUCGGUCAUAACUCGCGGUCCUUCAACAUCAUCAUGGCCCCAAUCUACGCCACGCGUCUCGACACCUCUCGAAAAGACAUCCGCUUGCUCGAGCUUCUCCCGGCCAACAGUCUUCAGGACCCCAUCCAAUGUAGACUGUACAUAACUCAACUGUCAAUGGGAACGGAGUAUACCGCCUUAUCAUACGUCUGGGGAGAUCCGAAAGUUACCUCUCCCAUUGCUGUCAACGGCGUUCCCUUCCAGGCGACUCACAACCUUUGCGCUGCUCUCAGACGCAUACGAUCUAAAUCCAUCCUACCCACGACACUUUGGGUAGAUGCAAUAUGCAUCAACCAAUCCGACAAAGACGAAAAAUCUUCUCAGGUUCAGCUGAUGACAGACAUCUACCACAAUGCCUCGCUCGUCACUGUCUGGCUGGGGGAAAGCGACAAGUAUGCCGAUGAGGCAAUCGUUGUCAUCAAGCUUACUGUCUAUCUCCAAAGACCAUGUGAAUGGAAGGUAGAAACGCAUUAUCCUGCCGAUUAUAUUCUGCGUGUCCUUUCAUCCGCUUUGUCCAAGUCCGACUUGAGAUCACUCGCCCUUCUCAAAUUCUUCUCUCGCCCUUGGUGGAGUCGUGUCUGGGUUGUUCAAGAAGUUAUCGUCUCCCGGCGCGCAAACAUUAUAUGCGGAACGAAAGAGAUCCCCUGGGACGAUUUACAACGAGCCUUAGGAUGUUGGGGGGUGCUUAGGAGCAUCUCUGCCAAAUUCGAACAUGGCGAAGCAAUGAAAAAAGCAAUUGAUGACGUAUUCCAGACAACAUCAUCAGCGCUAUUUCUGAACUUAUUCAAUAAGCGCGACCGAGAGGAUAAGCAGAUUCUCCAGAAUGAGAUGGGAAGCUUUCCAGGGCUUAAUAUUCGCGAUGAUACAGCUACUGGGUUGGAAGGAACGAUUCUUGCAGGCCAUUCGUUGGAGUCAACCGAUCCAAGAGACAAAGUCUACGCCUGGCUCGGUAUCUAUCAAAAACAUGGCCUGAACAUAGUACCAGAUUACAGUGCAACCACAGCACAAGUCUAUGUCAAUGCCUUAAAAGCAAUCACGGAGUUAACAGGGUCUUUGUCAUUGAUUGCACUUACUGGUGGGCUGGAUAAUUCCCAAGAUCCUCUUCCAGGUCUCCCAUCCUGGGCUCCGGAUUUGAGGCAUGCUUCAGAGACGGCACGGGCAACCUUUUCGCCUGACGGCAAGGUACUUGUGGCGGAUACAUUUCUGCUUGAUCGCAUAGAGCUCACUGAUGCCGACCACAGUGAGAUGGAUGAGUUGAAUGAGGUUCAAACGCUAUGCUGGUGGAUGUAUCUUGUAUUGCAACACCGACCACAUCUACCUCUUUCAGCUGCGAUGGGUGCGGAGUGGCUUUCCCGUGAAUUUUUCACCGCCCUUGUUUGGCCUGCUCGACGAUCUAGUCUCCUACCAGAUGAUGAUUCAAAAGAUCGAUACUCCCGUACCAACAACAUAAAACAUAUGGAAAGAUUGUGGGCAGGGUUUACGGCGUACUUUGGAUACAUCGACCGUCUACAUGAUGUUGCACAGUGGUGCAAGGAGCAUGAGCCGCGUUUUUACGAUCAGAUGAUGGUAUGGUCAGUUGACUUGGGAACCCGCCAGUCACCCAGCCCCAACCGAUUGCUGCCACAACCGCACAUACAAGAUGAAGAGAACAUUAAACAGUUUUGCAGACUUUGGGGGCUUCCUGAAGACGAGAGGCUCCUAUAUUUCGAGUACGAGACUAAACCACCGGAAAAUCAGUACCGCGAUAAGCAAGAAACUACGUAUGACGAUGUUCUUAAGUUUUUCCAACGUGCGGAUUUGUAUACAAGGGAAAAGACAUUUUUCAUCACGAAACAAGGCUAUCUCGGGUCAGGAACCCAUAAGAUCGGACCUGGUGACAGCUUGGCUAUUAUUCGCGGUUGCCGUAUGCCGCUUGUGAUCAGGAAGCAUUCAAUGGGUGACGGAUCUUUUGAGGUUCUCGGUCAGUGCUAUGUCGGGGCGUUGAUGGAUGGCGAACCUGUUGAAAAUAGGCGUAAGAGAGGAGAGUUGGAGUGGAAGAGUUUGAGCUUCAGAUGA